AGCCCCGCACCAUGCCCGAGCCGGCGGCCGCAGCGCAGGACGGCGACCGGCCUCGGCGGGCCCCGGCCGGGGAGGAGCGAACGGAACCGGCGGCCCCCACCGGCGUCCUGGAUAAACUCUUCGGGAAGCGGCUGCUCCAGGCCGGGCGUUACAUCAUGUCCCACAAGGCCUGGAUGAAGACGGUGCCCACCGAGAACUGCGACGUGCUCAUGACCUUCCCGGGUAGGGACACGCCUGGGGAACCUGGGGUACCUGUGGCAGAUGGGGGGGAGCAUGAGGUGCAGAACCCUGGGGUGGGGGCAGCAGGGAUGGGGAUCCCAGAGCUGGCAGCCCGGGGUGUCAUCCAGCAGGUUUUCCCGCUGCACGAGCAGAGGAUCCUGAAGCGGCUGAUGAAGUCCUGGGUGCAGGCGGUGUGUGAGGCCCAGCCCCUCGAUGACAUCUGUGACUAUUUUGGGGUGAAAAUCGCCAUGUACUUCGCCUGGCUGGGCUUCUACACCUCGGCCAUGGUGUAUCCUGCCGUCUUCGGCUCCAUCCUCUACACCUUCACCGAGAGUGACCAGACCAGCCAGGACAUCUCCUGCGUGGUCUUUGCCAUCUUCAACGUCAUCUGGGCCACCCUGUUCCUGGAGGAGUGGAAGCGCCGGGGGGCUGAGUUCGCCUACAAGUGGGGGACCCUGGACACCCCCCCCGAGUCCAUCGAGGAACCUCGGCCCCAGUUCAGGGGUGUUAAGAGGAUCAGCCCCGUGACCAGUGCUGAGGAGUUUUAUUACCCGCCCUGGAAGCGGCUCCUGUUCCAGUGCCUGGUCAGCCUGCCCGUCUGCCUCGCCUGCCUCACCAUCGUCUUCCUCCUCAUGCUCGGCUGCUUCCAGCUCCAGGAGCUGGUGCUGAGCAUCCAGGAGCUGCCCCGGAUCAUCCGUUUCCUGCCCAAGAUCAUCCUGGCUGUCAUUGUCACCGCCUGUGACGAGCUGUACAAGAAGGUGGCCUACUGGCUCAAUGACAUGGAGAACUACCGGCUGCAGAGCGCCUACGAGAAACACCUCAUCAUCAAAAUCGUCCUGUUUCAGUUUGUAAAUUCCUACCUGAGUCUUUUCUACAUCGGUUUCUACCUCAAAGACAUGGAACGGCUGAAGGAGCUCCUGCUCAUCUUCUCUCUCUCCCAAAGCCUCGUGCGGCAGCUCAAAGAGGCUCUUCUCCCCUUCAUCCUCCUCCACCUCCACCUCUCUCUCAUCUUCCUUAAGGGCCUCCUGAGCUUUUGCUGGAGACUGGGAGUAUCCAAAAUGCUGGCCACGCUGCUGAUCACGCGGCAGUUCCUGCAGAACGUGCGGGAGGUGUCCCAGCCCCACCUGUACCAGCGGCUGCGACGGGGGGACCUGAACCUGCGCGGCCUGCGGCAGCUGGCACACACCCUGCUCUGCCUGCUCGCCCCCCGCCGCCACCCCCAGCGCCCCCCGGACGGGCCCCGCGGGGAGAAGAAGUGUCUGAACGGCGGCUGCGGCGUGCCCGAGGAGGAGGAGGAGGAGGAGGAGCGGCGGGAGUCGGACUCGGAGGAGGAGAGCUCGCUGGACUGCGGGCUGAAGCUGAAGAAGGUGAGCUUCGUGGAGCGGGCCGAGCGGCGCGGGGAGCCCGGCGGAGGCGGCGGUGGAGGCGCCGAGGACGAGCCUUUCCUCGAGGAGGGCAGUCCCACCAUGGUGGAGAAGGGCAUGGACCCCGCC